UGCCCUCCCCUUCCUCAGCUGCAGCUCCCCGGAGCCCAGGCUGGGCUCUGGCCAGAGUGCUUCCAGGCGGGAUAAUUGAAAGGCGCAGGACAAGUCUCUUCUGGACAGAGCUAAGCGGGCGGGCGCGCGGGCGGCCCGGGUCUGGUGAGCACCUCAAGUCCUUACACUCACACGAACCAGUGUCACACUCUUCAUACACACACACAUACACACUGUCAUCCACUGGUCCCUCUGGCUGGUCCUCAGCGGCCCCCCACGUCCAGAAGGAAGGAGUGGGAGCUGCCCGGAGGAGGAGAAGGAGGAGAAGCCGUUGCUCUCCCCGGGCCGCUCUUUGUGCUCGAAGGGGGCUCACCCCCUUCUAUCCCAGUGUCCCGGGCCCCAUGGAGCCGGCCUGGAAGCCCCGGCCGCUGACGCUGCUGGCCCUCGUCAUGCUACUGGCCGCCAGAGGGACUGCCGAUGUCCUUCUGGAAGACUGCUGUGCAGAUGGGCAUAGACUGGCCACCCAGAAACGUGACUGCUCCGUGCCAUAUGCUUCAGAGUCCAAGGAGUGCAGGAUGGUGCAGGAGCAGUGCUGCCAAAACCAGCUUGAGGAGCUCCACUGUGCCACAGGCAUCAAUGUGGCCCACGAGGGGGACGGCUGUGACUCCCACCAUGACAAUUCCAGCUUGGAGGCCAAGUUCAUUAAGAAAUGCUGCCACUGCUGCCUGCUGGGGAAGGCAGCCCAGGCCCAAGGCCAGAGCUGCGAGUACAACCUGAUGAUCGGCUACCAGUGCGGCCUGGUGUAUCGGGCCUGCUGUGUCAAGGGCCAGGAGGCCUCAGAACUCGCCCCUGGGGAUGUGGCCGCUGCCCCCUCCGACCCCACUAAAAUUCCUGAGGAGGACCUUGUUGACCAAGAAGACCCCUAUCUGCAUGACCGAUGCCGAGGCGGGGGUCCCUGUACUCAGCAGUGUCGAGACACAGGAAGCACCGUCGUUUGCUCCUGCUUUGUGGGCUACCAGCUCCUGCCUGAUGGGGUGUCCUGCGAAGACACCAACGAGUGCAUCACUGGGACGCACAACUGCCGAAUUGGGGAAAUAUGCAUCAAUACGGUGGGGGCAUUUCGCUGCCAAAGAGAGAGCAGCUGUGGCACAGGCUAUGAGCUCAUGGAGGAUAACACUUGCAAAGACAUUGAUGAAUGUGAGAGUGGGAUUCACAACUGCCUACCCAACUUUGUCUGCCAGAAUACGCCAGGAUCUUUUCGCUGCAGACCCAAGCUACAGUGUAGGAGUGGAUUUAUUCAGGAUGCUUUGGGCAACUGUAUCGAUAUCAAUGAAUGUUUAAGUAUCAAUGCUCCAUGUCCUAGUGGUCAGACUUGCAUCAACACUGAGGGCUCCUACACUUGCCAGAAAAAUGUGCCAAAUUGUGGCCGAGGAUACCACCUGAAUGACGAAGGGACAAGAUGUGUAGAUGUGGACGAGUGCUCCCCACCCUCUGAGCCCUGUGGAGCAGGACAUCUCUGCAUCAAUACUCCUGGCAGUUUCCGCUGUGACUGCAAGGCAGGUUAUUAUUUUGAUGGGAUCAGCAGAACAUGUGCAGAUAUCAAUGAAUGUAGACGAUACCCCGGGCGUCUCUGUGGCCACAAGUGUGAAAACACCCCAGGCUCCUAUCACUGCAGCUGUACUGUGGGUUUCAAGCUUUCUUCUGAUGGGAGGUCAUGUGAAGACUUGAAUGAAUGCAGCAGCAGCCCCUGCAGCCAAGAGUGUGCCAAUGUGUAUGGCUCCUACCAGUGUUACUGUCGCCGGGGCUACCAGCUCAGUGAUGUGGAUGGAAUCACAUGUGAAGAUAUCGAUGAGUGUGCUCUGCCCACGGGAGGACAUAUAUGCUCCUAUCGGUGCAUCAAUGUGCCCGGGAGCUUCCAGUGUAACUGCCCAUCAACAGGCUACAGGUUGGCAGCCAAUGGACGAAGCUGUCAAGAUAUCGAUGAGUGUGCUGCAGGGACCCACAACUGCUCCAUCAACGCCACCUGCUUCAACAUUCAGGGCAGCUUCCGCUGUCUCUCCUUUGACUGCCCAGAGAACUAUCGCAGAUCAGGCGACACGAUCCGACAUGAGAAGACGGAUACUGUUCGCUGCAUCAAGUCCUGUCGGCCCAAUGAUGUCACUUGUGUGCUGGACCCUGUCCACACCAUCUCUCAUACAGUGAUCUCACUGCCCACAUUCCGAGAGUUCACUCGUCCUGAAGAGAUCGUCUUCCUUCGGGCCGUCACACCUGCAUAUCCAGCCAACCACGCUGACAUCAUCUUUGACAUCACGGAAGGGAACCUUAGGGACUCCUUUGACAUCAUUAAGCGCUAUCUGGAUGGCAUGACCGUAGGUGUGGUGCGCCAAGUCCGACCCAUCGUGGGCCCCUACUAUGCUACGCUUAAGCUGGAGAUGAACUACGUGGUGGGUGGGAUGGUCUCCCAUCGCAAUGUGGUCAACGUCCACAUUUUUGUUUCCAAAUACUGGUUCUGAGAGUCGGCAAAGCCGCCCAGGAUCAUCCCCACCUCUGUGUAUAAGGCCCAAUAUUUUCUUCCCUUUGUCUGCUCGUCUCUGUCCUGAGGACGACCCGCCCAGAACUGUGCUGGAGAUUAGGAGGAAGGGGCAAGAGAAACCCACCCGGCCAGAGAUGGCCUACAGCCUUGUCACGUCUGCAGAAAGGGCCACCAGGUGUUGGCCGGAAGAGGAGGAUCUUUGGCAGAGAUGAAGUAGAUGACCCUUCAUUCCAUCCUUUCUAGCCACAUGCACGUCCCGACCCAAAGAAACACAGCCAGUGCCUGCGUGUGCAGUAUUCGAUGGUAUUCAAUGCUCCCGGAAUGUUCAGAAGGGAUGAUUGGCUGCCAAAAAGGAACCCUGGUUCAAGACACCAAUCCCUCCCCACUCUGGGGACCCCCCCCCCGUGUAUGUAGCCAAGUUCCUGCGAUAAUGCAAUGAAUGUAUUUUCUGCACCCCUGUUGUCAUUUGUGGUAGAGAUGGGAAAUAAAGAACCCCACAAUCAUGUAUUCACUCA